AUGGCGUGGCCGGCGGGCGGGCUGGCCGAGCUGCGCUGGUACGCGCUGGUCGCUCUCUUCGUGGCCGCGUUGGCCACGCUGGCCGUUUACCUGGUGCAGUACGCGCUGCUGGCCCUGCGGCGGAGGAGGGGGAAGCGGCGGCGGUCCCCCCAGCAGCCCCCGGCGGCGCCGCGGGACGACCUGCUGGAGGAGGGCGGCUCGGCGCUGGCCUGGGCGCUGUCGCUGGGCAGCUGGCGGCGGCAGUGGCGGCGGGCCUGGGUGGCGGCGCUGCGCGGCGAGGCGGCGGCGCGGGCGGUGAGUGCGGGGCCGCAGGACUCACAGCUGCUGACAUUUGAGGAAGAUGACCCAGCAGAACCACUUGAGCUCACAGUUAAACAAGUUGUUAGCGUGGUGAAGUCUGUUCAAGAGAAGGUGGUUUCUUGUAAUGUUGUGGGAGAUUCCAUUACGUUUAUUGUCAGCAUCUCAAGCUCUUCACCCACAGCUGCAGGAAGUCGGUCGUACAGCGUGAAACUGUCUCCGCUUCACUUGCAGCUUCACCUCUAUGUGAAAGACAAAGGGGAUGAUGUCAAAGUGGAGUGGCUCCUCGUUAACGUGGAUGAGACCAACUUUGAAAUCCAGCCAACAGUGCAGGAGGAACAGGGAGAAGGGACUUGUGCAAUAUCUGACACACUCAGAGAUGUUUUGAAGAACCUCUUCAGCUCAGUUACUCCAUCUGUAGUGUUGAGUACAAGACCUACAGACAUAAAGGAGGUUCAGAAUGUACAGAACACAAGCACUAUCCCUCAGGGCACCAGUCCACCUAAACCUCCAAGGGCUCAUGAACUGAAACUGCUGGUAAAGAACAUCACAGUAAACCUCACUGAUCACAGUGCUGCAGGCAGCACAAACCUUGUGUGCAUAGCUCAGCUGAAUGACCCUAUGCAGAAGUUCUCCAGCUCUGUAGCCAAAAAUGCUGCAAAUCCGUUUUGGAAGGAAGAGUUUGUCUUUGAACUAAGUGCCAAAUCAAAAACACUGCUACUGCAAAUAGCAGAAGACGGAAAGUUGGAUAGUUCUUCAUCCGCAAGGGCAACUAUACCUCUAGACUUGUUCAGGAAGCAGCCUUCUGGCCUCCAAAGCUUUGCACUGAACAGCAGGGCCGGUGAUGGUAGCCCAGAGCUGAGGCCUGGGCUAGGAUCCAUUACUGCAGAGUUCUUGUUUAUCGAACCUAGCGAGUUAAAGACUUGGCAAGCAUCUUCUCCAGUGCCAAGCACUAAGGUAGAAAAGGAUCGAACUGUGAUGCCCUGUGGGACUGUGGUCACUACUGUAACUGCUGUGAAAACCAAACCUCGACUAGAAGGGAGGUCGUCCCCACUGAGCACAGGUUCUCCUGUGAAAACUCCAGUCAAAGUCAAAGUGAUUGAAAAGGAUUUUUCUGUUCAAGCUCUCCAUUCUCACGGUGCUCCAGUCAGCAAAACUUUAUCGUCUUCAGAUACAGAGCUGCUGAUACUGAAUGGCAGUGAUCCUGUUGCAGAAGCAGCCAUUCGACAGUUAAGUGAGUCUGCCAAGCAGAAGCUGAAGUCUCCCAGAAAGAAAAGCACCAUUAUCAUAUCAGGGGUGUCCAAGACCUCUUUAUCUCAGGACAGUGAAGCUGCACUGAUGAUGGACUAUGCUGCAGCCAUGGAUAGUUCCCGCAAAGAAGCAGAUCCACCACCUGCUGGAGAAGAAGUGACUGCAAAAGUAACUUCUGAUGAAAAGCUGUCAUCAGACACUUCAGAAACAGUACCUGAUACUGACCCACAGCAAAGUGCCCAUAAGGCUUGGGCUUUGGAGAAUGGCAGCCAGCAGUGGGACUCCAACACACUCUUAGACCAGAGCUGUGAAGAAAUGUCUGGGAGUUCAUUAAGUGUUUCAGAAACUGGGAGCGUGAAAAAGUCUAAAGGUGGGAUCUUGAGAAAGAGCGCAAAGCUCUUUUUCCGUCGACGCCACCAUCAGAAGGAUCCAGGAAUGAGUCAGUCGCACAACGAUCUCAUCUACCUGCAGCAGCCCCUGUCAGAGGAAACGCGCAAGAAGGGAGGCACUCUUUCGCGAAUUCUUAACAGAAAGUUGCUUUCCAAGAACAAAAGCAAGAGCAAACUGAAUGGUGCUUCAGCAGAACCGUUUGCGUAAGGCUGAAUGAACGCUCUCUGAGGGGAUACUUGCACAUCAGUUGUUUACAGAGCAGUACCAGAGAACGCAAAUACAGCUGAUGACUUGCAUCACACGAUGCUCGCUGAUACAGUGGUGCGGGAGGGAACAGAAGGAUUGUAUUUUCUGUUUAUUUUUCCAGAACAGCUUUCUCUCUGGCUACUGUGAAGUUGCUCCUCUGAAUACAAGCAGCUCUACUUGCAUCUUGCAUUUUGGAGGACUGUGUGGUGGUGUUGUGCAAGGUGAGGGAGAGCAGGGAACGGCGCAGGUGGGGAGAAGCGAGCACCUAGUUGGCUGAAGCAGGGAGCUGAGAACUGAAGAACCAUACCUGCUCUAUGAUUGAACCGCUGUCAGGAGAGGAGAUACCACUGUGCUUCCAUGCUGAGGCAUGGAGCAGCAGCAAUGCAAGUCUCUGCUUGUGUUUCUGGUCAGGCUGAAAGGGAAAACAGACCCAGACUCACUUUGUAUUGUGAUUUGAAAACGGGUAAGUUUUCAGAAACAGAGCUAAACCACUGAUUAAGAGAGCCUGCUGUAAUAACUGUAGCCUGCUAUAAACUCUGCUCAGUCCAUGUAGAUGGAGAGAGGCCUUUUAUAUUAGCCAUAAAUCAAUAAAUUAUGCAAAUACUUACACUAGCAUAUUGUUUAAUGUUCUGUACGUAAGUUAUACUCUAAAAAACAGAACUUUUUAAAGAAUUUACUUGAGUCUACUUGCAAACAUUUAUAACUUCUCCUCUGUAGCUUUUCUUCCCUGUGUGAGAAGCUGUUGCUGCUAAUUCAGAAACCUGUCAUAGGGGCUCUACUUCCUUCUCCCAAGUACUUGUUAGACAAGCAUAUAUAUAUGCCAUCAUAUCAAAUGCAAAGCUAGGAGCAAUAAGUCUCGAAUAGAGCAUAUUUAACCCUAUAUAAGCUUUUCAUUAGACAGCUUGUUUUACUUGCCAAAUAUUUACUGAGAUCUUAGAAAAUGCAGUUGUGAAGAGAGCUUUUUAAAACAUAAUGAUCGGAAUUCCCUCAGUCUUUCAGUUUCUAGCUCCACCAGUGUUGUUGUUGUGCUGAGUGGUUGGUUGAGUUUCCUGAUUUAUUUUCCUCAUUAAAUGAGAAAGAAAAACUGGUGAAAGUAAAGGCAUAGUUCUUGUUUUAGCUGCUGAGAAGAGCAGAAGGCAGGAUUUUACAGGUGCCACCUUGAAGUUUGCCUUCCUGUACAUUCCUCCUGAGGACAAAGGACCAAGCCUGUUUUCUUUAGCCAAGGAAGACAUCCAUUCCAUUAGAGCUACUGACGUGAAUGAAUGAUGGGUUUGUGUUGCUUUGCCAACAGCGAUUCGCACCCCCACACCUCACCCCUGGAAAGAGAUACAAGGCUUUUGCGGAUAUUUUGGUCUUCAACUUCUCUUCAAAAAUAGAAAGUCACUGAGGAACAGAAGUAUGUUUUGAAACUUCAGAUGGGCUUCAGAUUCCAUGGUAAAUUCUUCUACAAAGAAAACCUAAAUGCUUGUUGGUUUUUUUUACCAACAGAUUAGUAAAUAAACAAACUGUCAAAAUCUCUUAACUGAGUCUACAGUUGAAAUAUACCACUUGUAUGUAAAAAAAAUCACCUGUAGUGCAGCAGUCCAGCCUAUCAAACAGCUGUACCUCUUAGCAUGCUGCUCAUUAUGAAAACGUUUGAAGGCAUUUGUAUGCUUUAUGUUUUGGAAAUGUGUUACAAAUGACUGUCCUGGAGCUGUAAUGUGCUUAAAAAAUCCCACUGCAGUAAUAUGGGUUUGUCCUGCCUGAGUGUGCUUGAGCACUUGUGUUUGUUGUUGGUUUAACACAAAUUAGAACUCUCCAUUUGUACUACGGUGACCUGUGAUCGAAGCAUUCAAAACAAACUGAAUCUCUGUUCCCUCAACAUGUACUUUUUCCGUGCAAAGGACAUCUUUGCAUGAUGGGGCUGGGCAGAUAGAGAUCUUUCUUGUGUUCUACAUGGUCAAUUUUGUUUACUGAAGGAAAAAAUCUAACCACAAAUUCAAGAAAUCAGAGACUGAGCUCCAUGUGUAGCAUCAUCUCUGUACACUGAGAGCAGAGGGAGCACGUAACACUACUUCAGAUCUGUUUGCAUUGCUGAAGUGGGAUUUAACUUACAGAAGUUUUAUCAUUUACUCUAGAAUGUGGUGGAAAUAACACUGAAUAAUGUGCUGACUGCAGAAGGGUUUGCUUGUGUAUUAUUGUUUUGAAGUACAGAUAGACCCUGAAGUUUUGGGUUGGUUUCUUUUUUGGUUGAUCCUUCUUGAGGUCUUGGUUAUUGCCUAAACCCGUGUCUUGAUGAUGGGAACUGCAAUUUAUAUAUAUAAUAUUAAUAUAUAUAUAUGCACAUAAAAAAAAACAUACUGCAAGUUGUGUGAAGGUUUGGGCUUGCUUAUACUAAGAGAAUUAACCAUUAAGAUGAGGAAAGCAAGGCAACUUGUGUUAAGAGGGAAUCUUGGUCUUUAAUUGCCUUCAUUCCUCAGGAAAAUAAAUAGUGUUUGGUUUGAUGUGUGACCUCCACAUGUGGCUGGUUGUUCCUCACCUCUUCCUACAAAUACUUUGUAUUGCGUUGUAAAAACAAGCUGAGCUACCAAACCCAAGGGAUGGCUGGAUUCCUCAGUGGUGGCAACCGUAAGGGCCCAUGAAAUUCAGUGCUAUUUUUCUUUCCUAGAUGAUUUUUGCCUUUUAAGAUCAGAUUUGAGCAGUGGGUUUUUUUUUUGCCUCUUAGUGGCUGUGUCAGUUGUGUGCUGACCACCAGAAGGAGCUGAGCUUCUGUUCCAUGCAGGAAGGGCAGGAUCUGUGAGCUGGCAUUGAUAAUGUUGCACCUUGCACUCCUGGGCACUGAUCAUGUCCCAUGCAGUUGUGUGAAGGAUGCCAGAGAGAAUCAUUUAGCUCUGCUUUUUGCAGUCUUCACGACUUUACCAACCAUGCAUUUGAAGAGCAGAACAAAUCUCAGCAUGGUGUAACAUAGGAAACUUCAUGUUUUCUGCCUUCCAAGUGAAUUACUUCAGAACAAGUUUGGAAACAAUUUGUGAAAUCUUUUCUUCCUUUUUGCCCCUUUUCUUAUACUUUUGUGUUUCUGGAUCUUUGGUACAGCAGUAUAGACGCAGUAUUUCAUAAGAGCUAUGCUGCGACAGCUUCCUUUCUUCCUUUCUGAAGCAUCAUGUAAUGCUUUGGUGUUGUUUGUAUGUGAAAUUAGGAAAAAGCAAUGACGACAUAAAAUGCUGUCAAAUUUGUGAAGGGAAACAAAAACCCUGUUUUAACAUCUCUCUUAGUUCUGGUAAUUCUAGGUGUUACAAGGUGGAAGAGCUCUAUACAAGGUGGGAGUCUGUUUCUUUUUAUUCUAUUGCAGCAUUUUAAUUGUGGAGCCGAAGUUAGAGCUAACUGCUUGUCAUGGUACAGAAUGAAGCACAGCAGGCUCCAGGCUGAGGCAUUCCUGCUGUGAGAGGGAACAACCAACCUCCUGCUCUGACCUCUGCAGGACAUAAGUGGAUUUAUUCCUGUGUUUGAAGUUAGUGAGGUGCUGAAGCACAUGCUGAGCACAGCCUCAGUGACAAACAACUCAAAGUUAACUCCAUCACCAGGGUGAUUACUCGAAGCUGAGGGUGAAUAAUGUCAUUUCACUCAGGAUAUCCAAACUGCUACUAUGCAAGGUGCUGGCAUGGUGUGGAGGUAACUGGGAAGGAUGGUUGUGAGGUGUUUCCAAUCCUGUAGCUUUGUAUUUCCCGCUAAUGCAGUACACUCUGAUAUUCCAGGUGGGGGUAACACUUCAGUUUUCUGGUACACAACUGUGACAGUCAUUUCUUCUGCUGUGGUUUUUUUUGCUUUAUUUUGCGUGUGUGUAAAAACGAAGUUGGUACAGUUACAAAGCCUAUGAUGUACAGAUUUAUUACAUCACUAAAAAAUGUACGGAUUUUUAAAAGAAAUGCUAUUGCUGUACAUACAAUAAACGCCUGUUGUCUC